AUGGCAAAAACUUCCAAGUUCGUUCCUCAGAAAGAAGGAACCUCUACUUCUACUUCCCGUCCGGCCGGUGGUAAACCGCCGGCGCUUCAUGAGAUCGUACCGAACAAUUUUUCUUUGAAAAAGGACUUUAUGGUCGAGAAACCUCCCGACGUCCCCGGCCGUCGAGAGCAUGCAUCGAGAUACAUAAGGUCAAUUGAGAAAAAACACCUCGAUGCUGUGAGGAGAGAGUGUAAAUUGGAAGAGAAGGUCAUUCUGCAAAUACCUUCUCGUGAGGAGGACAUCACAACUUACGUAGAGGGGUUCAUGAGUAUUGGUGAGUUCUUCAAGAUGAGGCCGCCCCCACCCGGGGAGGAAGUAGGAUCUUCGGCUACAAAGCCAAAAAAGGAUAACAAGAGAAAAAGGUCCUCGAAGAGCGAGGACACUCAAAGCCAAGCAGAGCCCGCUCGGAGGCGCAAGAAAAGCGUCGUCAUCAAUGUGGAUAUUGACUCAGUCCACCAGUCCAUGGACGAUGACGGUGACGAGAUGGAGGGUUCGAUGUUGGUGACUCGAACCAGGAAAUCUUCCGAGGCUAUCAAGCCUGUUGAGAUCGGGGCCCCUAGCCUUGAGGAAGGAACUUUAAAAGAAAAAGGGGAUGAAGGCCCUGCAUCACCUGAUGUGGUAACUGCUUCUCAAACUUCUGGAAAUACUCCAAAGGGAGCGAGCUUCGAAGCUCCUUUGCCUGAACAGAGCGCAUCGGGUGAUCUCCCCGAGGCCAUGACAGCAGGUCAUUCCUCGUCAUUUCCGUCCUUCUCCGAGAAUGCCAUUAGGGAUGCUCUGAACUUGAAGAUGUCUGAGCUAGGUGGAGUCCCAAGUGAACACGACCCCUUCCAGGGUUGCUUUGCUGGGGUCGAUGAGGCCGACCCAGCGGAUGCGAGCUCAAUCUUCGAGGAGGCUCAACGUCUUUGCUCAAUUGCCUUUGACAAAUUGAAGACCGAAUUGCGCCAUUGUGAAGCCGAGUUGCGUAGAGCUUCGAAUGAAGAGAAAACCCUUAGGCUUCUCCUUGACAAAAAGGAGGAAGAACUGAAGCAUAUUCGAUCGGAGUUGACCAAAGCUCGUGAAUACGAGAGUGAGUUAGAAAAGCAGGCAAAUACUUCAAUGUCUCAGUUGCAGCCAAAGCUAGAUAUGAUUGGGCAGCUCCGAGGCGAGGUAGAUCAAGUUCGAACUGAGUGCAGUGAAUGGAAGGCGAAAAUGGACACCCUCGUUGUGGCUAAAAAUGAUGCACUAGCGAAGGUAUCGGCCCUUGAGGUUCAACUUCGGAAUGCUCAAGGGAGCAACUUGGUUCAGGCUGGCAGAAUAGCCGAGCUCGAGGCUGGUCUUGCGAAGGCCAAGGCCGAAGUUGUGGAAGUUCGGGCCGAAGCUAGAGAAAUACAAGCCAAGGCCGACAAGACGAUGAGGGAGACCCUCAAAGAGGUCCAUGCUAAGGGCUUUGAUCAUUCCGAGGAGAUAAAGCAAGCUAAGGCAGAUGAGGCUGAUGCCAAAUUUGUCCUUUCCUCCGACGAUGAUGAUGAUGUCGAAGAUGAUGAAGAGAAGGAGGUUGCCGAAGAAGCUACCNGGAGGGUUCGAUGUUCGGUGACUCGAACCAGGAAUCUCCGAGCUAUCAAGCCUGGAGCGAGCUUCGAAGCUCCUUUGCCUGAACAGAGCGCAUCGGGUGAUCUCCCCGAGGCCAUGACAGCAGGUCAUUCCUCGUCAUUUCCGUCCUUCUCCGAGAAUGCCAUUAGGGAUGCUCUGAACUUGAAGAUGUCCGAGCUAGGCGGAGUUCCGAGUGAAAACGACCCCUUCCAGGGUUGCUUUGCUGGGGUCGAUGAGGCCGACCCAGCGGAUACGAGCUCAAUCUUCGAGGAGGCUCAACGUCUUUGCUCAAUUGCCUUUGACAAAUUGAAGACCGAAUUGCGUCAUUGUGAAGCCGAGUUGCGUAGAGCUUCGAAUGAGGAGAAAACCUUAGGCUUCUCCUUGACAAAAAGGAGGAAGAACUGA